AUGAACGACGCUGGACAGCCAAAGAAGGACUAUCUCGACAAAGCCGUCGACGCCAUCGAGAAGAUGGUCGGCAAGAAGACCGGCAAGCCUGUGGAUCCCAACAAGAACCGCGCGCGCAACGAGAAGAUUACGGACAAGUUGAGACAGAUGUACGAGAAGGCUACGGGAAAGAAGGUGUCUCCCAAGAUUAGCAACUAG